CCACUCACUCACUUCUGUCUCUGCGCUUGGAGAAACUAGAGAGAAAGAGAGAGAGAUGGAAUCAAUCGGAGUCCUGAUGAUGUGCCCCAUGUCCACCUACCUGGAGGACGAGCUUCAGAAGCGCUUCAACCUUGUUCGUUUCUGGACUUGUCCGGAGAAAUCAGUCCUUCUGGAAACUCAUCGGAACUCCAUCCGCGCCGUCGUUGGGAAUGCUUCUGCCGGCGCUGAUGCUCAACUCAUCAAUGAUCUUCCCAAGCUUGAGAUUGUCUCCAGCUUCAGCGUCGGCCUGGACAAGAUCGAUUUGGGGAAAUGCAAGGAAAAAGGGAUCCGCGUCACCAACACUCCCGACGUUCUCACCGAAGACGUCGCAGAUCUCGCGAUUGGGCUUAUCCUGGCUCUCCUCCGACGCUUGUGUGAGUGUGAUCGCUAUGUGAGGAGGGGCAAAUGGAAGACCGGUGAUUUCCAGCUCACUACUAAGUUUAGUGGAAAGUCCGUGGGCAUCAUUGGUCUAGGUAGGAUUGGGACUGCCAUCGCAAAGAGGGCUGAAGCCUUUAGCUGCCCUAUCAAUUACUACUCAAGAACAGUGAAGCCUGAUGUAGGCUACAAGUAUUAUCCAACGGUGGUUGAGCUUGCUGAAAACUCAGACAUCCUCGUGGUGGCAUGCCCAUUGACGGACGAGACCAGACACAUUGUGAAUCGGCAGGUGAUGGAUGCAUUGGGAGCAAAGGGUGUGCUGAUAAACAUAGGGCGUGGACCACAUGUUGAUGAGCAAGAGCUUGUGAAAGCUCUAACACAAGGCCGCCUAGGUGGGGCUGCGCUGGACGUGUUUGAGCAGGAGCCACACGUGCCCGAGGAGCUCUUUGCCCUUGAUAAUGUGGUUCUGCUCCCUCACGUUGGGAGUGGCACUGUGGAGACACGGAAUGCCAUGGCCGAUCUUGUGGUGGGUAACUUGGAAGCCCACUUUUCUGGUAGAUCACUUCUGACUCCGGUGGUCUGAGUGAUUUUCAAGGCCUUUUAUGUUUGGAUAAAUAAAAUAGGCAACUAAUGGAUUUAAACACUAGAGGGGAUGCUCUCUGUUUCAUGUCUCUAUUUCUUAUGUUUCUUUUCCCAAAGUAUUGGAGUAGAAUACAAGUGUGACACUUGGGGACAAAAAUAUGAUAGCGAUCUAAUCCCAGAAAUAUACUACUUAUAGACGACAUUAAUGUUGGUUUUCAAGUGAAG